UUCUGCGCUGAGGAGGGGGUCCCCUUCUUCCCUUCUCCCUUCCUUCCCUUCUUUUGGGGGGUGCCCAUGGGGUCCCAAGGGGCUUCCCCUGACGGGGCGGACCUGCUGGCUGCCCUGCGUGCUUUCGGGAACCGUUCCUCUUCCUCCUCCUCCUCCUCCUCCUCUUCCUUGGGGUCCCCUUCGGGGGUCUCCCCCUCCUCUUCCUCCUCUUCCUCCUCUGUUUCCUCCUCCUCCUCCUGGUCCCCUCGCUGGUGGUGGGGCCGGGGUCUCUUGGUGGUGGCCUAUUCGCUGAUGGCCGGCGUGGCCCUGGUGGGCAACGGGGUGGUCUGCCGGGUGGUGGCCGCCCAUAAGAGGGGGCCCUCCUCCUCGGCCACGGGGCUCUUCAUCGCCAACCUGGCCCUGGCAGACAUCCUCAUCACCCUCCUCAACGCCCCCUUCACCCUGGUGAGGUUUGUGAGCAGCACCUGGGUUUUCGGGAAGCUGAUGUGCCACAUCAGUCGCUUUGGCCAGUAUUGCUCUGUCCAUGUCUAUGUGCUCACCCUGGCUGCCAUCGCUUUGGACCGUCACCAGGUGAUCAUGCAUCCGUUAAAGCCGCGAAUGUCCGUCGCGAAAGGAGGGGUUUGCAUCGUUCUCAUCUGGGUGAUGGCCAGCUGUUUCUCUCUGCCCCACGCGAUCUACCAGAAGCUGACACGCUUUCCUUAUGGGAACCGAACGAACCGCAUCGUGUGCCUGCCCAGCUUCCCGCGUCCCACGGACCUCUACUGGAAGUACCUGGACCUGGCUACUUUUAUCCUCCUCUACCUCCUGCCCUUGCUGGUCAUCUCCAUCACGUAUGCCAUGGUGGCCAAGAAGCUCUGGAUGCGCAACGCCAUCGGGGACGUCACCAUGGAGCAGUACUACGCCCACCAGCGGAAGAAGAAGAUGACCAUCAAGAUGCUGGUGGUGGUGGUGGCGGUCUUCGCCGUCUGCUGGUUCCCCCUCAACUGCUACCUGGUCCUCAUCUCCAGCAACGUCAUCCACAGCAGCAACGCCUUGUACUUCGCCUUCCACUGGUUCGCCAUGAGCAGCACUUGCUACAACCCCUUCAUCUACUGCUGGCUGAACGAGAGUUUCCGCUCCGAGAUCAAGUCCCUGCUGCGGGUCUGUUGGAGGAGGGACGUCUCCCGUCAGCGCGGACUACGGUCCAUCUCGGCCCCCUUCCGCCAUGCUUGGGAUGAGAACUGCUCUUGCAAGCAGGAGGCCGAUUCGGCGGAGAUGAGGAACGCCUCCGAGGGGAACUCUGCCCGGGCGGACAUCUCCAUCGUCCAGCCCAUCAUAGCUGGCAGCUGAGGCUCUGGUCUGCCAUGUUCACUGGGACUCUUGUGACUUUUGGGGCGGACACAACCUUGGGCCAUGGAGGCAGGGGACUGGUGAAUCUGUUCUGGGCUUUAGCAUGAACUUUAAGGAAGUUAUCCAAGGUGCGGAACCUAUUUUGGGGAUAGGGAACUCUCUUUCUCCUUGUUGGGUGGCACUUUUGUGGCUCCUGAAAUGCACACCAGACCCCCCCCCCCCCAAGCCCCAGUUAUUUAAACUUGGAAGCCCUGAAGGCACAAUGGUUAAAAUGCCAGGACUGUUGUGAGUUUGAUCCCGCAGGGCUCCAAGGUUGACUCAGCCGUCCAUCCUUUCGGUAAAAUGAGUUGCUGGGGGCAAUUGGCUAACACUUGUAAAACUGCUUAGAGAGUGCUCAGCACUACAAAGCAUUGUAGAAAAUGUACACACUAUUGCUAUUGCUAUUGCUAUUAAGAAUCGGCCCAGUUUUGGGGGGAAAUUCUGCCUUUCUAAACAUGUUGUUGCAUGUGAAAACUUCCUUCCACCAUUUUGAGAGGGAUUGGAGAGGAAAAGGGAGGCAUUAGAGGUUGCUCUGUGUGUAUGUGAAGGUGCAACUCAUAGUAGUGGGGAUGGUCUGGCAUGGUGGGAAUUUGCCCCUGGUCCCCAUGCAAUUGCCCAUCCCUGAUCUAUCCGACAGCCUUCUUUCCCUCCAGCCUUUAAGUGUGAUUACUGAUUCUGAAUGAUGCCUCUAUAUUUUUGGUAGCUGCAUAAUGGACCCAAGGUGCAGAUUUGUAGACAAGUACUGGACCUUCUGUUCUUCUUCUUCUUCCUUGCUUUUUCGUUCCGCUAAGCCUUGGGCUCUUUGCUCGCGAAGUCAAAAACCCGUUUGGAGAACUUACACUGUGACUCACAUCCCUUUGGCUAACUGACGCACUUUCC